GGCACGAGAAAUCGUGGAGGCGUUGUUGGUGCGUGCGAUGCAGAAGAGAGCGCGUGUUUGGCGCGCGGUCAACUAGUAAAGAAGGAUAAAAAAGGAUAAACUAAAUAACAAUCUCCAUGCCAAUCGAGACUAUGGAAAGAAGCAACCUGGUGAAUGAGCACACCGGGGACUCCCGGGAUUCUCAUUGCAGCAACAUUCCACGACCCUCGUAUACACAGGCUGGCUUUGAUGGUGCGUACAUUCAGCUUCUCCCGAAAAAGACGGGCUUCAGAGACGUCAUCAAGCAGGCGAGGAAGCCACGUUGCAGCAGCCGUCGACUCAAGCAUUUGGCUCUCAAGCGGUUGCCUGUGUUACAGUGGCUGCGGACCUACCCGGUCAAGGAAUAUCUUCUUGCUGACGUUGUGACUGGCUUCACUGUUGCCAUGUUUCAUGUACCACAGAGUUUAGGCUAUGCCCUACUCGCAGCAGUCCCACCUGUUUGUGCCUUGUACAAUGCCAUGUUUCCCAUGAUGAUUUACUUCAUUCUCGGCACAGCUAGGCAGGCAUCAGUUGGUGCUGAUGCUGUUACGUCAAUGAUGACUGGAACCAUUGUUCGUGAGCUCACUUCGGGAGACGUAAGCCACGAUGGGCUGAACCCUCACAACUCUACACAGCCGGUGCCGUACACUGUGGCAGAGGUCACAUCUACCCUUUGUUUGACUAUCGGCAUCAUACAACUGGUGUUCAGCUUCCUGAGCCUUGGUGCGCUCAACGUGUUCUUGUCGGAGCAGAUGAUCAACGGCUUUGCAACUGGCGUGGCCAUUCAAGUGGUGGUCAGUCAGCUGGGAUCUCUAUUUGGAAACAGGGUGCCUCACAUGAGCGGAAUGUUCACCAUUUACAAGACAAUCUAUGCUUUUUUUGACCGCAUUGAUGACGUCGCGUGGCAGACUACACUGGUGGCCUUUGUUGCCGUAGCAAUAAUCAUGGCUGUCAAGAUUUUCCUCGAUCCCUCUGUCCUCAAGAGGUUGGGUAUUCCACUUCCCAUUGAGCUGGUUGUUGUGGUGCUGUUCACACUAACAUCACACUACCUCGACAUGAAAGAAAACCAUGGCAUUGCAGUUGUUGGAACGGUCCCACAAGUGUUGCCAGAGCCCUCGCUUCCUAGCUUCAACACAUCAUUAAUAGCUGCCAUCCUGCCACAAUCCUUCGUCAUGGCUAUUGUCAGCUUUGCCAUCACACUCUCAUUGGGGAGGAUUUUCGGCUUGAAACAUGGCUAUAGUGUCGAUGCCAAUCAGGAGUUUCUCGCCCUCGGAGCGAGCCACGUGUUCUCCUCUUUUUUCUCCUGCUUUCCUCUCGCUGCGUCUGUGCCCCGCAGCGCUGUCCAAGAGGGCGCUGGUGGCAAGACUCAGAUCGUCAGCAUUGUGAACAUCAUCAUCAUAGUUUUCAUGAUUCUUUUCCUGGGACAUUACUUGGAGGAACUGCCUAUAUGUGUCCUGGCUGCAAUCAUUGUAACUUCACUGAAGAGCAUUGUGAUGCAGGUUCGGAACUUCAAGCUUUACUGGAACAUUUCAAAAAUUGAUGGACAAGUGUGGAUAGUGUCGUUUUGUGCAACAGUUGUCUUUGACAUCAUCACUGGCUUGGUGUUUGGCAUCAUAUUUUCCCUGCUCACUCUCAUAUACAAGAUUCAACGCCCAAAGUCGUUCCUGCUUGGCCCUGUGGCUGACACUGAAUUCUUUGCGCCCAUCAAGAAAUACCAAAUGGUCACUGAAAUUCCCAUGAUCAAGAUUUUUCACUUUGGUGGACCGGUUCACUUCGCCAACACAGAGUACUUCAGGAGCCAGCUCAACAAGAAAGUUGGUUUCACUGUGAGGGAUGUGUUGAAGGCCCGGAAAGGAGCUCUGGAGUCUUCAGUGAGCAACCUUGGGAAUGUUACCAGGGACAUUCCAGUGUCUAGUAGUGAGCGGAAGAUACCGUUCGACCACAGUUCAGCAGCUGAUGGGAGUACGCUUAGACCCAAUGGCAGUGCGACUGAUACGUUAGUCGUACCAUCCCACAUUAUCUUGGACUUCUCACGUGUCUCCUUUGUGGAUGGCACAAGUAUUGGUUUGCUUAAGCAGCUGAAAGCUCAGUACGAGUCCAUCAAUGUGAGACUGUUUAUUGCUGCUUGUUCCAAUUCAGUUUUUAAUCUGCUGUGCCGGGCAGAAGCCAUCAAUGUUUUUGGCUCGGAUGGGUUCUUCCCAACAGUGUUUGAUGCUGUCCGCGCAGCUCAGCAACAGAACAAAUUGAAGUUGACUGGGACUGUUCCACAACCUUUAAGUUCUGGCGAGUAAAAACCUCAACAAUAUGAAAACCAAAGUUCCUGGGAAUCUGCCAAGCAAGAAUCAUUUUCAGAAGGAUUAAUCAUCCACUGAAGUACCAGCUCAAUGAAAGCUCACUUGCAUAAACAGACCGCAGUCUCAAGCAAGUAAUGAGAGGUGCGGAAACCAUUGCAGCAUGCAAGAUGAUAAAAAAGCCAUGAGAGAAGGCGCCAGCACUCUGUGCGAAAAAGUAUAUAUAAAAUGUGAGCUUUUUUGUGCAAAGCUAAUUAAAAUCACCUGCAGCUUUUAA